ACAACGGGAGAUUUCCACAAAACCGCGCAGCAAUCACAUCGAAAUGGGUGCCACGGCCUCGUGCAAGAAAACCUCCGGCAGUGGCUAUCCGGAGCACGAUGAUCCCAGCUACCGCAAGUGCCAGGAGCUCAAGAUGGAGCGCUGGAUCCAGAUGCACUACCAGAUCAAGCAGCGGGAACAGGCACUGGCCAUCGCCCAUCACCGGGAGCUCUUCUACUGGCUGAGCGGCUUCUACCUGAGCGCUGUCUACGGCUGCGCCAGCUACUACCAGCGGGUGAGGAGCGUAUCCGCGCUGGCUCCGCUCCUGCCGCUCACCUUCGUGGUGGGCUACUACUCGGACUGGGCCUACGGCAGCAAGAUGCACCGCAUCCAAGCGGAGGCCAACAUGAUCAUGGAGCACGAGCAGGAGCUGCUGCACUGGCCAGGCGGCCUGCCCACCGUCGCCGGCAUCGAUGAGGCCCGCGUGGAGACCGAAAUGGAGAAGAAAAUGCAUCCGCACCACAUGUAGAGCCAGGAGGAUGUCCCUCUCCCCGUUAGCCUGUAGGCGGGAUUGGGUUCUCGUGCUCAGGUCCUCGUUCAAACACGCUCCACAAUCAAUACAUAGGACCCCUCUAGCUAGAAUUGUAUAUUUUGUGGCAUAAACAGUGCCGAAUGCUCAACUGCGGGGACCAUUCGAUUACACGUAACAACACUCACCAGCAUUCGAAUUCUUUAAUCACCAUUGCAUUUGGCAAGUUCUUACAACGAAUACAUAGCAUUACUUGCAACUAUAUCCAAUUUAUGCUACUAUGUUCAGCAUUUUUAAAUUGAAAUAACAAGUUAGAUAAAGGCUGCCUGUAAAUUGAUUCAAAACUAAUGGAAAUAAUUGUGACUAGCCAAAAAGCAUCAU